UAUUUUUUGUAUGAUACAAUAAAUGUUUACGGCAGGAUUAUUAUUUGUAUACAAAUGAUAGCUUCGAUAUGGUGGAAGAAGGCGAUGAUUCGGAAGAAAAUGUAGCCAAGAAGCACAAAAUCGUGCUAUUAGGCCUCCUGAUUCAUUUUUUACUUCUAUUAGCCGUUUUCGAUGUGUACUUCGCUAGUCCUUUAGAACAUGGAAUGUCUCCAAUCAAGAGUACAAAUAAUCCACCAGCCAAACGGUUAAUUCUAUUCGUUGCCGAUGGAUUGAGGGCGCAAGCGAUUUUCGGAAAAGAACACGAAACAAGAACACCGUUUUUAACGAAUAUUAAAUAUAACGAAGGUAGUUGGGGUAUCGCACACACUAGAGUACCUACGGAAUCAAGACCUGGUCAUGUUGCUAUGUUAGCGGGGAUAUAUGAAGAUCCAAGCGCUAUUUUAAAAGGUUGGAAGUCAAAUCCGGUAAAUUUCGACUCCGUAAUCAACCAAAGCAUUAAUGCGUGGGCAUGGGGUAGCCCCGAUAUAGUCAAAAUCUUCAAUAGAGAUAAUUUACCAAAAAACCAUAUACAUUCUUAUGAUGCGCGAAUAGAAGAUUUUGGUAAAGAGGAUACAGGAGUUUUAGAUACUUGGGUAUUCGACAGAGUGAAUAUUUUUUUAAAAAACGAAGUAUCUAAUUGUAAAACAAACUGUAAUCAUUAUUUCGAACAAGGAAACGUUUUUUUCCUUCAUUUACUUGGAAUCGACACCGCUGGACACGGUUAUAAGCCACAUUCAAAAGAAUAUAUUAACAACAUCAUUUUGGUCGAUGAAAAUAUUAAAGAAAUAACAAAACUAUUCAACUCAGUUUACAAAGAUAAUUCUAACGUAUUUGUAUUCACUUCCGAUCAUGGUAUGACAGAUUGGGGAUCUCACGGGACGGGUUUGGAUCACGAAACGCAAACUCCGGUUAUUGCUUGGGGAGCUGGUAUCAGAAAAAACGAUCAGCAGCAAGAUAUUAAGCAAAUUGAUCUAGCGCCGCUACUUGCAUCUCUUAUCGGAAUCAAUAUUCCUAUAAAUUCAUUAGGAAUUUUACCAGUUGGUUAUCUUAACGUCGAUAAAUAUAAUUUGGUAGAAAUGAUUAUGUCGAAUAUAAAAGAAUUAGUGGAGAUUUUUAAACAAAAGAUGCUACGGACGGAGGAGAGUGCGUUGAUUUAUUUCCCGUUCAGCAAUGUGACUAAAAAUGUUUUAAACGAAAAAGUAGAAAAGUUGAGCGAGCUGGGUUUGAAGUUAUCUAUCGAUGAUUUUAGUUUGCUGUGCGAAGAUUUUAUGAAAAUGUUAAUAGAAGGAGUUAAUUAUUAUCAUAAUUAUUAUCAGUAUCCUAUUCUUUUGAGUAUAAGUUUAGGAUUUAUAAUAUGGAUAUUAUUUUUAUGUGUAUCAGUUUUUGAUUUGCAGAAAAUCAAAUCAAAAUCGUAUACAAUUCGUAGUACAAUUAUUAUUAUUGUAAUCAGUAUUUUGUGUAAAAUUAGUAAUUUUCCUAUUUCUUAUUAUUUAUAUUUUAAUUUCCCAGUAAUAUCGUAUUACUAUUUAAUUAAAGGUUAUAACAUUAUCGGUAUGAUUCCAAAAUGUUCAAAAAUGAUUUGGCAAAUUAUUUUUUAUGUAGUAGGAAUCGAACUGCUCGUUUACGGAUUCUUCAAUAGAUCUUCCUAUACUAUUAUUAUGAUUCUAGUAGCUGCAUGGGUAACUCUUUCUGAAUCGCUUAAAAAAGGUUCUAAUAAUUCUGAAAAAAUAAUUUGGGUGUUAUGCUGUUUGAUAUUAUCGAUUUUUCCAUGUCUUCCUGUGAUGAAAACCUCUUUUAAUUUAUAUACGUAUUUUGUAGGGUAUGUUGGUUAUAUAAUAAUCUUUGGAAAAUUGUAUUUUUACGAUUUGAAAUACUAUCAUCGAUUGAAUAAUGUUAAUUUUCAAUAUUCCAUACUUAUUGUACAGUUUAUAUUUUUGCAAUUAGCAGCAGUUUACGUAAUAUUACUCAUCGAAUUCGAAUAUAUAUCACCAGAUUCUAAUUAUAAAUACAUCUCUUGGGUAAUCUUUGUUGUUCCAGUUUUACUUAUUCCAUUGACCGAUAAUUUUAUUGCUCUCAGACUUACGUCUACCGUUUUCGGGUUUGCGCCGUUUUAUACUUUGGUGUCAUCAAAUUUCGAACUGCUGUUUUCCGCCAUUUACGUGUUCUUCCUAUAUACGUGGUUAAUUAUAGAAUCUAAGACAUUCCAAACUGAGACUUCGCACAAAAUUAUUUAUUAUUUAAAAUUUGAAGAGUCUACAAACAAAAAAGGAAUAAACGAGGAUGCGUUUAGAAGAGCUUUCUUAUUCAUGAUCUUCAUUUUUGUUGGAUUUUUUGGUACAGGGACUAUGGCAAGUUUGAAUUCUUUUGAUCCUAUGUGGACCAGAGCGUUUCUAACUGUUUUUAGUCCGUUUAAAAUGAUGGGAUUAAUUCUUUUAAAAUUCAUCGUUCCAUUUAUUUUUACGUGUAGUAUUUUUAGAGCCAUUAAUGAAAUUGGAAAACAAAAUGUAUUAAAUAUUUUUUGUAUUAUAUUAGUAUUCUCUGACUUAAUGGUUCUGCAAUUUUUGUAUUUAAUUACUAAUGUAGGAUCGUGGUUGGACAUUGGGACAAGUUUGUCUCAUUUCAUUAUUAUGGAAGGUUUUGCAACCAUUUUACUUCUACUUUACGGAAUAGCUCAGUGGCUUACAAGAGUACGAUAUAAGAGUUUUGAGUCUGUAAAAGUUUUGUAA